AUGCAGGGCUUCCCUGUAGGAGACGACGUGGGUGCAUAUGUACCACCCAACAUGCCUCAAGGCAUGAUAUCGUCGCCAUCAUUUGUCUCGUAUACGCCGUCGCUUGAAAGAACACCCGCGAUACCCGCCACAUUCAUGCCUAUGGAUGUGACAACACCACGCUUGCGCUCACCACCAUUGUCUGGUAUAAGUUCUCCUCGCACAGAUUGGCGGCUUAGCCGCGACUCACUUGUACAGCCCUCGCUCCCUUACACGAAAGAGUUUCUAGAUGACUACCGCAGGCGGGUGCAAAAUGUAACGGAUCCAGAACCUCAGAUGGAGUUUGCCACGUAUUUAAUUGAUGCUGGAAAGCGCAUAUGUGAGGCAGACUCUCAGUCGAAGCAAGCUCGUAAACAGCGGGAUGCUCUGGUGGCUGAGGGACUUCGUCUGAUCAAAAAACUCGCUACGUCCGGCAGCGGACCUGGAAAGCCGCCAUAUGCAGAUGCCCAAUUCUUUCUUGCGAAUUGCUAUGGAAAUGGCACACUGGGCAUGCCUAUUGACCAUGCAAAGUCAUACCGACUCUACGUUCAAGCUUCGAAGCAGAAUCACCCAGCCGCGACGUACCGCACGGCCGUCUGUAACGAGGUUGGUGCCGGGCCGAAACGGAAUUUCCAACGCGGCGUUCUCUUUUACCGAAAGGCAGCAUCGCUGGGAGACACAGCCGGCAUGUAUAAGCUGGGCAUGGUCCUGCUGUAUGGACUGCUGGACCAACCUGCGAAUCCUCGUGAAGCUAUUGUAUGGCUCCGACGUGCGGCGAGUCAGGCAGAUGAGGACAACCCACAUGCUUUGUAUGAACUUGCGACUCACCAUGCUGAUCCAUCGAAUCGGUUCGUGCCGUACAACGAAGCACUUGCUCGCGAUCUUUAUACCCAGGCCGCCCGGCUCGGCCAUGCGCCCAGUCAGUGCAAGCUCGGCGAUGCAUAUGCUAAUGGUACACUCGCCUGUCCCGUUGAUCCGCGCAGCAGUGUGGCUUGGUUCAACAAGGCCGCCAACAAGGGCGAAGGCCAAGCUGAACUGGCCCUGAGUGGAUGGUAUUUAACCGGUGCAGAGGGUGUGUUGAUGCAGUCCGAUUCUGAAGCAUAUACCUGGGCCCGACGUGCGGCGAACAAAGGCAUAGCGAAUGCUGAAUACGCUGUCGGCCACUAUUCUGAAGUCGGGAUCGGCACACCUGUUAACCUGGAUGAGGCGCUUCGCUGGUACACCCGUGCAGCUGCCAAGCAACAUCCCCGUGCUAUCCAACGUGUCCAAGACCUUAAGGCCAGUAAUGGGCGUGCACCCUUAAAAGUACCUGAUGCCGAUUGUGUAGUUAUGUAA